AUGAAGGUGCUCCCCGCACCGGGCCUGGCUCUGCUGCUCCUCACGGCCCUCGAGCUGCCUGCCACCGCCCCCUCCCUGUCUGCAGCCACCCCCAGGACCUCACGGAACAACUACCACCUUGCACAGGACUAUCUUGACAAGUAUUACACCAGGAAGGCAGGGCCCCAGGUCGGCGAGAUGGGGGCAGCAGGAGGCAGAGCCCUGGUCAAGAAGAUCAAGGAGCUGCAAGCCUUCUUCGGCCUCCGCGUCACCGGGAAGCUGGACCGGCCCACGAUGGACGUCAUCAAGAGGCCUCGCUGCGGAGUUCCCGACGUGGCAAACUAUCGCCUCUUCCCAGGUGAACCCAAAUGGAAAAAAAAUUCUUUGACAUACAGAAUAUCCAAAUACACACCUUCCAUGCCCUCAGCGGAGGUGGACAAAGCCGUGGAGAUGGCCUUGCAGGCCUGGAGCAGCGCCGUGCCGCUGAGUUUCGUCAGGGUGAACGCAGGCGAGGCCGAUAUCAUGAUAUCGUUUGAAACUGGAGAUCACGGGGAUUCCUAUCCGUUCGAUGGCCCUCGGGGGACUCUCGCCCACGCGUUUGCACCUGGGGAAGGCCUGGGAGGCGAUACCCAUUUCGACAAUGCUGAGAAGUGGACUAUGGGAAUGAAUGGUUUCAACUUAUUCACCGUGGCUGCCCACGAAUUCGGCCACGCCCUGGGCCUGGCCCACUCCACAGACCCGUCAGCACUAAUGUACCCGACAUAUAAGUACCAGCAUCCCUACGGAUUCCACCUGCCCAAGGACGACGUGAAAGGGAUCCAGGCCUUGUACGGACCCCGGAAGACAUUCCUGGGAAAGCCCACCGUGCCCCACGCACCCCCUCAAAGUCCAUCCAUCCCUGAUCUCUGCGACUCCAGCUCCUCCUUCGAUGCCGUGACGAUGCUGGGAAAGGAGCUCCUGCUCUUCCGGGACCGGAUCUUCUGGCGUCGGCAAGUUCACGUGAUGGCGGGGAUCCGGCCCAGCACCAUUACCAGCUCCUUCCCUCAGCUUAUGUCCAAUGUGGACGCAGCUUACGAAGUGGCCGACAGGGGCACCGCUUACUUCUUCAAAGGCCCCCACUACUGGAUAACGAGAGGCUUCCAAAUGCAGGGUCCUCCUCGAACUAUUUAUGAUUUUGGCUUCCCGAGGUAUGUGCAGCGGAUAGAUGCCGCCGUCUACCUCAAGGACGUGCAGAAGACCCUUUUCUUUGUGGGAGAUGAAUACUACAGCUAUGAUGAGCGAAAACGGAAGAUGGAGAAGGACUACCCGAAGAACACGGAGGAGGAAUUCUCGGGGGUCAACGGCCAAAUCGACGCUGCUGUGGAACUGAACGGCUACAUUUACUUCUUUUCAGGACCCAAAGCAUACAAGUAUGAUACAGAGAAGGAGGACGUGGUCAGUGUGCUGAAAUCCAGCUCCUGGAUCGGCUGCUAAACAGGAAGGUCUCGUGUUUUCUGGGGAGUGAGCACGACCACCAGCAGCUGGUCCCGGGACCGCAAGGACUGAGGCAGAAUGUAGGAUCAGGGUCUUCCCGCAGCCUUCGAUCCUGAGGGCGCUUAGACUUCAUCGGAAAUCAUUACGCUUCUCAAGUUUUUCAUGGUUGCAGAUUCAUAAUUCUAAUCUAAAUGGACAAUUUCUCUAGGGUCAGCGUCACGUAAAAUCAGAAUUGAAACCAUGCUGUCUUCCACUAGACACCCACCGCCUUUUCUCUCCUUACCUAAUAUACGGAAGCAAAUUGAUAAAUUUGGUUUUUAUUUCCAAGAAGAAGCAUAUUUGUGGAUUCCCUGACACAUAUUAUAACUCUCUUUAACAGGAAACGUCAUUGCCGUACAAAUGAUCAUUACUCCUUACCAGCAGUGGCGUUUGUGGCCCCUGCAUUCGUUGUGAUAAGUAGACAUUUGUCCGUCUGUACCUUGAACCCAGCACAAACAAAAUACCGUGUGAGUCUUAUUUCUCGUCAUUGGAGAACGAGCUCCGUGCACUCACUGGCCUUUGAAGUAGGUCGUAGAGGGCAAACCUAUUCGAAUGAGUUUUCACGCUAGGCAAGAGAUGGACACUUGGCGAGAAGAAAUCUUUUAACAAAAGCCAAUAAAAAUGUUGUCUAAGAACAGUUCCUCAUUUCUCUUUUCAGUUAAUAUUGACUAGCUUCCAUCACACUUUGUUCGGCAACCCCCCUUUGUACCUCGCGGAAGCUCAGAACUGUGAGCAGCCCCAGGAGAAGCGACAGUCGCUCGCUCCUCUGCUGACUUCCCGGCAGUACAACACCCCCGUGAGCCGCCUUCACCCCGUCCAAGGGCGCCUCUUGGCAGGGGUUUUCCAUCUGGGGGAGGCUCUCUCUUUAGUUUUUCUUACUUCAAGCUAAACCUUUUCUCUUUCUUACCUACUCAUCAGUUCAGGGAAAACACAGCUGUUUGUCCUCCUUGUGACCUCUUUUAACCUCACCCUCUAGAACACAGGAUUCUGAAGACUGAGUCUAAAGUUAGGGGUGAAUACAUUUAGCACACUCCCCAGGCCGUCUGGAACAGCCCAGUGCUCGACACGUUCGCUGUGACCGUCCCCAUCACUGACCGAACUGGUGUCACGGGGCGAAGAAGGGCCGGGGCCGUUCCCGGAGGCGACUCCCAGCCUCCCACUUGGUGGUUGUUACUGAAAGUGGCCAUUGAUCGCCAAGCAGAUGUUGACUCUCUGACAGCUGAAGACAACGUCUAGCGCGCCUGAUUUCCAAGGUCAGUGGCCUUAUUGAGGAAGCA